AUGGGAAUCAUUUUAAAAGAUACAUGGCUGCUUAAUUUAGGAAUUGAGUGGAAAACAAGCAGUCCGUUGUGCCCCCAAAGCAAGGGAAGUGCCGAAAGUGUGAUGAAGGCGUUAGGGAAAGUGAUAAAAACUUCCAUGUUAGAGAGAAAGAAUUGGAGACAAGAACUUCAAAGAUUUCUAUUAAACUACCGCUCAACACCGCAUGCCACCACAAAGAUACCUCCAUGUGAACUACUAUUUAAUCGAAAGGUGCAAGAAAAUCGACCCGAGUUGUCAACACAAAAUGUCGUAAACAAGCACCGAAAGGCCAACGAAAACAUCGACAAGAAGAAGAUCAGUAAUAAGCAGUACUACGAUGCUAAGAAAAACACCAAGACAUCCAAGAUCAAGGAAGGGGACAUUGUUGUUUGUAAACAGAAGCCAAACAACAAGUUAUCUCCAAGAUUCAAUCCCGAUCGUGGAGAGGAAAGGCGAAACAGCUACGGCACGAAAUGGCAGCCGCACCAUCACGCGUAA